AAUAGCUCGGGGGCUCACCUAAGAACAGAUGAGUAUCACAUUCAAAGAAACGCCUUCUGAAUUUGGUUGUCCUUUUGCUCCCAUUUUAAGACAAAAAAAUGAAAUGGGUAUCUUAUAUAGAACGCAAUGUCAAUUUCUUUCCUUAUUUCGCUGUCUUCUUGGCUCUUCUUUUCUCAAAUUGAUUGAGAAAUGUGCCGCCAUAUCAUUUCUCUGUUCGUCAAUUAAUGGGUUGCUUGCUUUACUCAAAGGGACCCCAUGGAAUCGUCAAAUGGAGGAAAAGGGCUUCGUUUCAUUGAGUACUUAUGAAAUUGUUUGACAUAGCAGCUUCAGCUGUUGGUAUGCGAGUUCUUGAUCUCAUGGGAAUUCUUCAUCGCAGUUCUGUGAUUAAAAGACCAAAUGACAGCAUGAGGGUGAUUUUGACAACGUUUGUGGGAGUGUUUUUGGGGUUCUUGAUAGGAAUAUCUUUCCCAUUGCUAUCAUUAACAAAGCUUGGUGUGCCCCCUGGCCUUGUCCUAAAGGUUGAUCAAAUGUAUAAUACUGACAUGAAAUCAGGUGGAUCUUCACAAACACCUGAAAAUGUUGCAUUCGAUAGAAGGAGUGGUAGUGGAGAGUUGAAUGGUUCCUCAGAGAUUUGGGUUCCAUCAAAUCCUAGAGGAGCAGAACGACUUGCCCCAGGGAUCGUUGCGGCCGAGUCCGACUUCUAUCUACACAGAUUAUGGGGAGACCCCAAAGAGGACUUACCUAGGAAACCAAAUUACCUUGUAACUUUCACUGUUGGUUAUAACCAGAGAGACAACAUUGACAAAGCAGUAAAAAAGUUUUCAGAGAACUUCACAAUUCUUCUGUUUCAUUACGAUGGUCGAACAACCGAAUGGGACGACUUCGAAUGGUCGAAACGAGCGAUCCACGUGAGUGCUCGAAAGCAAAGUAAAUGGUGGUAUGCUAAGCGGUUUUUGCACCCGGACAUCGUGGCGCCUUACGACUACAUCUUUGUAUGGGAUGAAGAUCUGGGAGUUGAGAAUUUUGAUGCAGAAGAAUAUAUAAAGUUGGUGAGGAAGCAUGGAUUGGAGAUAUCACAGCCUGGUUUGGAGCCUGUCAAAGGGUUAGCAUGGCAAAUGACAAAGAAACAGGAUGGUCUUGAAGUUCAUAAACAUACGGUGGAAAAGGCGGGAUGGUGCACCGGGCCGAACAUGCCUCCCUGUGCUGCUUUUGUUGAGAUCAUGGCUCCCGUUUUCUCACGAGCUGCUUGGCGUUGCGUCUGGUAUAUGAUUCAAAACGAUUUAAUCCAUGGUUGGGGCCUUGAUUUUGCUGUGCGAAAGUGUGUCGAGCCCGCACACGAGAAGAUCGGAGUAGUAGACGCUCAAUGGAUAGUUCAUCAAGGCCUUCCGUCGCUCGGGAGCCAGGGAGAAACUGAAGUUGGGAAAGCGCCAUGGCAAGGGGUAAGAGAACGAUGCAAGAAGGAAUGGACAAUGUUUCUGAGUCGGCUAGCAAAUGCUGAGAAAGCUUAUUUCAAGUCAUUGGAGAAUCAUCGUUCAAAUAUUAGCGUUCGGGUAUAGAACGUGCUUAUUUAUAGCUUAUUCAAUUGUUAUGGAGUAUGCGGUACAUUUAUAGUUUAUUCCUUAUACAUAUCAGAGCUAUAUAUGAAAAUUUGUCAUAAUCGAUUAUUUAUAGUACAAAGCUGCUAGAUAGUUUUUAUAA